AUGUCUGUCUUCUUCGACUCGCCCAUGAGCCGAAGAGAGGAUCUUGUGGCUGCUGGUGACGCAGAGCUACUUUUAGAAAACAUUGGGGUUACUGAGGGCAUCUCCCCACAGGAAUCAGGGCAAUAUCGGCAAUUGCUUGCUGCGGUCCACGACGUGGCGGAGCACGUACUCGAGUUACCGGAUUAUGUAGCACAUACAGAUACGAAAACUUAUCCGCGUGAACAAAUCCAUCGACCUACGGAAGGAGAGCAGGACUUUGGUCACGCUUGGGCUCAUAAGUUUUUGAUUCGGGGUAGUCGUGCAGGAGAACUGCUUCGAGGCAAGACCGUGUGUCUUAAAGACAACAUUGCAGUUGCUGGUGUGCCUCAAUUCUUCGGUACAGAUGCGAUUCCCGCGUGGACACCCCAUGCUGAUGCUACUGUCGUCAGUCGGGCAUUGGUUGCUGGUGCCGACAUUGUUGGCACGACCAUAUGCGAGAAUUUUUGCAAGCUCAACCUCAUCAUUCACGUACCGUCUGGGGGCUGCGCUGUGGUGGGCGGCGGACUUGUUGAUAUCGCUAUUGGCGCCGAUCAAGGAGGAAGCAUUCGGGUUCCGUCCUCCUUUUGUGGUUAUAAUCAGCUGAUGGUUCAACUUGAAGGUGUAGGGUUGAAGCCCACUCAUGGACUUGUUCCUUAUACUGGCAUUUCCAGCGGUGAUGCAGUCAACGACCAUGCUGGCCCAAUUGCAAGAUGUGUCGCUGAUGUAGCGUCAUGCUUGGACGCAAUUAGCGGGCGAGAUGACUUCGAUGAUAGAACAUUAGGUGCUCCAAAGUUUGGCUCUGGAAAAUACUUGAGCAAUCUACAACCAUCCGUCAAUGGGAUGAAGAUAGGUGUUCUGACUGAAGGACUCGAACACCGAUUAGUCGACGAAGAUGUCAAAGCUAUCGUCAUGAGGGCUGCUUCAUCGUUCAAACGACUUGGUGCAAACGGUGCAGGAGGUCUCUUUGCCAUUACAUCUGGAAGGACCGGCCAUCUGGACCAUUCAGCAACGUAUUGCAGGUACUCUAGCAAUGCUCGGGAUAUGCACAUGGAACGGCGCGGGCUUUUCUCAACAGCAUACGAAGCUGCACGACAGGCCAUGGACGAACCGAGACUUUCCAGAAACUCUUGCGCCCAUCCACAAAGAACACCAUCAUAA